ACCUCAUCCUCCGCCUCCCACCUCACACGCCAUGCCCUCGCGCAAGCCGCUCCCGCCGCCGCCCUCCUCGGGCCCACUUGUGCUGCCCACCGACACGUUGGCCACCUUCCACACGCGCUUCUGGCAGGCGCAGAUGCGCAGCGUCGAGGAGGACGCCGAGCGCGCCUCUUCUUCCGCUGGACCGUCGAUCGCGCCUGCUGCUGCGCAGGAGGAGGAGGAGGGCAAGAAGGGCAAGGGAAAGGGCAAGGGCAAGAGGAAGGAGGCGGCGCCAGUAGCGCCAGCCUCGGCGCCCGGAGAGAAGUUCAAGCCGGGCCCGGGACAACUGCCGCUGGCGCGCAUCAAGAAAGUGAUGAAGGAGGACGACGAGAUCAAGAUGAUCUCUGCCGAGGCGCCCAUCAUCUUUGCGCGUGCUUGCGAGGUCUUCAUAGCCGACCUCACCUGCCGCGCCUACCUUCACGCCACCGCAGCCCGGCGGCGCACCCUGCUGCGUUCCGACGUCGAAGGCGCGCUGUCCAAGAGCGAUCUAUUCGACUUCCUCAUCGACGUCGUCGCGGAGAAUGCACGCGCGAGCAGGGGCAAGGGCGCCGCGGACGCGGACGCGGAGGAGGGAGAGGAGGAAGCAGGCGAGGUGGGCGAGACGGCAGAUGCAGAAGAAGAGGGAGUGGAGGGGAGAGAGGCGAGAGAGGAGGAACUGGCUAAGUGGCUCAGAGUGGGCGUCGAGGAGUGAAGGACAGGCACGCUGCCGCCUGAGAGGGGCGUUCAAACGCGCGCGGAGUUCUCCGCCGGGAGCCCCUCAAGCUCCAAAAUCCCGAGCCGGAACGGCGCGGGGCUGUUGCAGCUCUGGACACAGCCAAAAGAGCUCGGACACAGCCAAAAGAGCUCUUGGGCAGCCCCGGACAGACAAGUGUCCGCACUGGCCCGUUCGGAAUCCUAGAGUGCUCUAGCUCCGCCGUCUGUCCUGUCCGUCCUGUACGUCUCCGCUGUCCGCACACCCAUCGUGCAUAAGCAUGCCUCCUCAUACACGCGCCUGGCGCUCGCACUUGAUCUGGUCAUCAUUAU